UGUCAUUAGUCAACUUGUAAACUACGAACUACUUUGAGUGACUGUUAUGUGGGGGAUUGCGAAAACAAAAAAAAACAAAAAAAAAACAAUUCUCAACUUUUCAUAUUCUUAACUUGACAAACUGUAAAUAGCAUGGAAAACCAGUCCAGUUCAAGAUCUCCAACAGACUUUUUGAGUACAGUAUUGGGACAAACUGUCAGAGUGAAGUUGAACUCAGGAAUAGACUAUAAAGGAACUUUGGCUUGUUUAGAUGGUUAUAUGAAUAUUGCGUUGGAAAACACAAAGGAAUAUGUCGAUGGUAGAUUGAAGAAUACGUAUGGAGAUACCUUUAUCAGAGGAAACAAUGUUUUAUAUAUUAGUGCAGAUAAAUCAUAAAUUGUUUGUUUUUUACGCGACGAUUGCUUUUUAUAAGUGUGUUUAUCAGUGUGGAAGAUUUUUGUUAUUUAGGAAAACGCUUUUAACAGGUGCGGGCAGUCUUCCUCUAUCAUUAGAAAGAGAAAGGCCUACGGAAUUACAUUUAUUCUGUCCGCGUAUAUUAAAGCGAAGAUUCAUCAUAUUAUUCCUUUCCUCCUUUUCUCCUUUUUUCCAUAAUAAAAACCUAUAUAUGGCGUAAAUAUUCAGUUGUAGAUUAGUACCCGUAGCAAACAUGUAUGAAUAUUAUCACUGUUGAAUAUGCAAUAUCGAUGUUAAACAGUAGACCGUAUAAUCAUUUUAGUAAUGAGUGCAAUUCGCUUAUUAUUA